AUGGCCUUUGGAAUGUCCAAGAAGACUCUCAUUCGUGAUGACUUGCAGUUUCAUCUUGGCCCAGGGUUCAUCAGCACUCGGCCGUCGUCGAUCUCAUUUGGUGCUCUUGUAGGAAAAACAGCAUUGGUUGGCCUCAGGGCAACUGAUAAGUGCCUCGCUCAUCUUCGACUGCAGUACAGCAACGGCCCACAUGUGCAAGUCGGAGUUCGAGCUAUUUAUUACGUCUGUCCUGUCCCAGAAGCACUAACUUCUGCUGACAGUACACAUGAUUCACACCUAUUUUUCUCCCUAUUUCUUUCUUUCUACCUCUCAUUCUUUUUUCUUUCUCUCUUACUACCACAAAACGGUUGGCUCGACGCGUUGAACAAGUUAAGUCGCUGUCUCCUGAACCAUAUUGGCAACCUGUAA